AUUACUUAUAACCUGAACGGAAACUAAAUUAGAAUUCACUUCUAUCUGAUCAUCACACAAUGCAGAUCCUUGUGCUGAUCCUUGGGAUCGUGCUGCUCCCUAGAGCCUGUGCUUUGAAAUGUUACGAAUGCAUACCGGACCUCUCUGGAAGCUGCACUGAGACAACAAAAGAUUGUCCUUCCAACACUCAAUGUGGAUCAAUCAGACUGACUUCAUAUGCAGGUGGAACCAAGGCUGAUGUUAAAGUGAAAGGUUGUGCUGCAGCUGAGGAGUGUGUUCAGGCCUCAGUCAACUAUGGAGUUAUCCAAAAUCUAAUUACCAGCAAGUGUUGCACCUCUGAUCUUUGCAACUCUCAAGAUGCCCCUGAGGGCAGCAUCUCCUCUCCAAAUGGGAAAAAGUGCUUCUAUUGUGAUGGAACCGAUUGCAGUAAAACUCUAAACUGCAAUGGAAAUGAGGACCACUGCAUCUCAACAACAGUGACUGCAGGAGGGCAAAAGGCGACUGUAAAGGGCUGUGCCUCCAAGGUGAUUUGCUCAAGCACACAAACUGCACAGAUCCCAGGAAUCGGUGAAGCAGAAAUCAGCUGCUGCCAGGGUGACCUCUGCAACAGUGGCAGCAGUACAACUGUCAGCCUUCUGCUCUUUGUCACACCGCUGAUCUCUCUGGUCUUGUUCUCUUAGCUGAUGGAAACAACAACAUCACAGCCCAGCUUUUCUUAUGACUGUCACAAUGUUUCCUCCCAUUUCACCAGAGCUUA